UCAUCCCGUGAAUGUGAAGUUAUAUACCGCAGGUUAGACAAUGCAUUGUGUAAAAGCUCUGUACUUAACAGCGGUUUAUGCUAUGUUCAUCGGAAAUCUAUACGCUGAUGAGAUCAUUCCUGAAAACUUCGAUGCAAGAGAAAAGUGGCCUGAGUGUAAAUCCAUAGGAAAAAUCAGAGAUGGAGGAAACUGUCCUGCUAACUGGGCAUUUGCUGCUGUGUCAACCAUGAGUGACAGAUUAUGCAUUCAAACCGGGGGAACGGUUCAAUUUGAAUUUUCCCCUCAAGACUUACUAUCCUGUUGUACAGAUUGUAGUACUACUUGUGAUUAUACUGACACUGUUAAGUCUAUCAAUGUUUCCUUUAAUGCAAUGCAUUACUGGAUACAUUCCGGAAUAGUUUCUGGUGGAGACUACGGUUCGUCGACGGGUUGUAUGCCUUACAGUAAAGACACUGCUUUAACCCAGGAAAUCCCGGCAUGCCAAAACCAAUGUCAAAGCGGUUAUGGCAAAUCAUACAAUGACGACAAAAAGUUUGGUCGUAGUUAUACAUUUCUUUCAAACGAAACAGAAAUGCAAAACGAAAUCAUGACAAAUGGACCACUAAUGGCUGGAUUUAUUCUUUACGAUGAUUUUUUGGAAUAUAAAGAUGGUGUGUACACCCAGGAACUAUUCUCGACAUAUUUGGGUUAUAUAUACGGGAAAAUUUUGGGAUGGGGCGAAGAAAAUCGUACUCGGUAUUGGUUGGUAGCUAAUUCUUGGGGUAAUGAAUGGGGGUUGAAUGGAUACGUUAAAUUUUUGAGAGGCUCUAACCAUUUGCUAAUUGAACACAAUGUUUUUGUAAUGACACCAAGUGAUGCUUCUGCUUUAUCUAUCUCACUGUAUAUUAUUAUUUUAAAUAUUAAAACUUUCUAUAUAAACUACGUCGGAAAAGUAAAUCCUCACUGCACGUUAAUAGCUUGCUGUGAUAACACCAUGAAAUAUUUAUCACUUAUCUGUGUACUUCAAGUAAUCUCGGCAAAAUCUGGCACCGUUCCCUCUCAUUCCCUAAUAGAAAUCGUCAACUCACAAAAUGCGUCAUGGAAAGCAGGCCUUAAUUUUCCCGAAAAAACACACAGAGAAGAUCUGAGACAACGACUUGGCUUUCUAGAAAAACAUCCAGAUCCUAAUUUUCGUCCUGAAGUGAAAGUCCACAAACUGUAUGGCAUAUCAAUUCCCGAAUUCUUUGAUGCUAGAGAUCAGUGGCCAAAUUGUAAAGAUAUUAUCGGCCACAUUAGAGACCAAGGAAAAUGUGCUUGUUCCUGGGCGUUUGCUGCUGUUGAAGUGAUGUCAGAUCGAUUACACUAUGCAACACUAAAAAAUUCACAGAAAGUUCAGAUAGUGUUUGAGAAUAACGGUACUAUAAAGUUCGAAUUUUCGGCUGAAGAUCUUAUGUCUUGUUGUUCGUUCUGUGGUCGUGGUUGUGGCCAAGGAUACAUGUAUUCUGCGUGGAUAUACUGGAUGGCAUACGGACUUGUGUCUGGUGGCGACUACAACAGCAACGAACAUACGUCAACAGUAUCGCCCCCGAAUACAAUUACUACAAUAUUCCGGACGGAAAUGUGUGUGGCACAAUUGCAGCGCGAGCUCAUGCUUAAUGGACCAAUUGAAGUUAUUUUCACAGUUUACGAAGAUUUAUCUUACUACAAAGAAGGUGUUUAUCAGCACGUUUCUGGCGAAGAUUUUGGUUUUUUUGCUGUCAAGAUCAUAGGAUGGGGUACUGAGGGUGGCGUACCUUACUGGUUAGUAGCGAAUUCUUGGGGAACAAGCUGGGGAAAUUUAAAUGGAUACUUUAAGAUCGUACGAGGUACGAAUGAAUGUGGUAUAGAAAAUGGUACUGUUGCUGGUACGUUUCGAAAUGUUGCUCCCACCACCACUACUACUACAGAUUCUCCGGGAGGUCACGUAUCGACAAUUCAAAGUUCGUUUGGAAUCACUUUGCUUAUGAGUGGUUUAUUGUUCUUUAGUAUAUUUAAUUGACGUCUGCUUGCAAAAUCAAUUGUUCAAUUCUCAGAUUUAUCAAACUCGAAAUUGCAAAAGUAAAAUGUAUCCUGUAAUGAUGAUGACUUAGAAAAAAUAUAUGCAUAAUGAAAGCA